AUGUCAUCAUUUGGUACAUUAUUCAAAGUUACAACUUACGGUGAAUCUCAUUGUAAAUCAGUCGGAUGUAUAGUGGACGGAUGUCCACCAGGAUUGGCCUUGACUGAAUCAGACAUUCAACCUCAAUUGACUCGUAGACGUCCAGGUCAAAGUAAAUUGUCAACUCCAAGAGAUGAAAAAGAUUUAGUUGAAAUCCAAAGUGGUACCGAAAAUGGUGUAACUUUGGGAUCUCCUAUUGGAAUGAUUGUUAGAAACAAGGACCAUCGUCCAGGUGAUUAUAGUGAAACUGAUUUAUAUCCAAGACCAAGUCAUGCUGAUUGGACUUACAUUCAAAAAUAUGGUACCAAGUCCAGCUCAGGGGGAGGUAGAUCAUCUGCAAGAGAAACCAUUGGUAGAGUUGCUGCAGGUGCUAUUGCUGAAAGAAUCUUGACCAAAGUUAACAAUGUUGAAAUUGUUGCCUUUGUAAGUUCUAUUGGUGAAGUUUCCAUGAACAGAUCUCCACAAGAUGCUGAAUUCCAAAAAAUUUUGAACACAAUUACUAGAGAAGAAGUUGACGGCGUUGGUCCAAUCAGAUGUCCUGAUGCCAGAGUACGUGAUGAAAUGGUUAAAGUUAUUGAAAAAUACCGUGAUGCCAAAGACUCGAUUGGUGGUGUCGUUACCUGCGUCGUUAGAAACUGUCCAAUUGGUAUUGGUGAACCAUGUUUCGAUAAAUUAGAAGCUAAAUUAGCCCAUGCUAUGUUAUCCUUGCCAGCUACUAAAGGGUUUGAAUUUGGUUCUGGUUUUGAAGGAACAAAGAUCCCAGGGUCCAAGCACAAUGAUCCAUUCUAUUACGAUGAAAACUUUGGUAGAUUGAAGACCAAGACCAACAACAGUGGUGGUAUCCAAGGUGGUAUUUCAAAUGGUGAAAACAUUUACUUUUCUGUUGCAUUCAAAUCUGCUGCCACCAUCAGUCAGGAACAAGAAACUUCCACUUAUGACGGUAAAGAAGGUGUUUUGGCCGCAAGAGGUAGACAUGAUCCAAGUGUUACUCCAAGAGCUGUUCCAAUUGUUGAAGCUAUGACUGCCUUGGUAUUGUGUGAUGAAUUUAUGAUCCAACAAUCUAGAACCUCUACCAGAUUAUUGGUUCAAGACAAAUAG